UAGAGGAACCUCUCCUUAGCAAACUCACUGUAUCAAAUGCUACCUCAGAGAGCAUGUCACUCGCGUGGGAAGCACAGGACAAUGCCUUUGACCAUUUUAUUCUAGAAGUCAGAAACUCUGACUUCCCUUUGGACUCCCUUGUGCACACAGUGCCAGGGGCUUCCCGGCGCUAUGUAGUCACCAAACUCAAAGCUGCCACUAAUUACACUGUCCAACUCCAUGGUGUAAUUGAUGGGCAAGGUGGUCAGACCUUGACAGCACUGGCAACCACAGAGGCUGAGCCACAGCUGGGCACGCUCACACUCACAAACGUUACCCCCGACAGCUUCAACCUCUCAUGGACCACAAGAGAUGGGCCUUUUGCCAAGUUUGUUAUACACAUUAGAGAUUCCCAUGCAGCACAGGAACCCCAGGAGAUUACGGUGUCGGGAGGUGCUCGCAGCGCUCACAUCUCAGGCCUGCUAGAAUACACUGGCUAUGACAUUAACGUUAAGGGGACCACAAAUGCAGGUGUUAACACAGAGCCCCUCACUGCUUUUGUCAUGACAGAGGCCAUGCCCCCACUGGAAAACCUAACUGUCUCUGAUAUGAACCCUUAUGGGUUCACAGUGUCGUGGAUGGCAUCGGAGAAUGCCUUUGACAACUUUCUAGUAGUCGUGGUGGAUUCUGGCAAGCUGCUGGACCCACAGGAGUUCCUCCUUACGGGAGCCCAGCGGCAACUGAAGCUUAAAGGCCUUAUUACUGGCAUUGGCUAUGAGGUUAUGCUUUAUGGUUUUGCCAAGGGGCAUCAAACAAAGCCCCUAAGCACUGUGGCUGUUACAGAAGCAGAACCCGAGGUCGACAACCUUCUGGUUUCAGAUGCUACUCCAGAUGGAUUCCGGCUCUCCUGGACUGCAGAUGAUGGGGUUUUCGACAGUUUUGUUCUAAAAAUCAGGGAUACCAAAAGGAAAUCUGAUCCACUGGAACUAAUAGUGCCAGGUCACGAGCGCACCCAGGAUAUAACAGGGCUGAAAGAGGGCACUGAAUAUGAAAUUGAGCUCUAUGGACUUAGCAGUGGACGGCGUUCCCAGCCCGUAAAUGCAGUAGCAACCACAGUUGUUGGAUCUCCCAAGGGAAUUUCUUUCUCUGACAUCACGGAAAACUCCGCUACAGUCAGCUGGACACCCCCUCGCACCCGUGUGGAGAGCUACCGGAUCUCCUAUGUCCCUGUCACAGGAGGUACUCCAAAUGUUGUUACAGUCGAUGGAAGCAAGACAAGGACCAAGCUGGCUAAAUUAAUCCCAGGUGUAGACUACAACGUUAGUAUCAUCUCUGUGAAAGGCUUUGAAGAAAGUGAACCCAUCUCUGGCACUCUGAAAACAGCUCUGGACAGCCCAUCAGGCCUAGUAGUGGUGAACAUCACAGAUUCUGAGGCUCUGGCAACCUGGCAGCCAGCAAUUGCUGCUGUGGAUAAUUAUGUUGUCUCCUAUGCUUCUGAGGAUGAACCAGAAGUUACUCAGAUGGUAUCAGGAAACACUGUGGAGUAUGACCUGAAGGGUCUUCAACCUGCAACUGAGUAUACACUGAGUGUCCAUGCACUGAAGGACAUGCAGAAGAGUGAGACCCUCUCCACCCAGUUUACUACAGGACUGGAUGCUCCGAGAGAUUUAAGUGCCACUGAGGUUCAGUCAGAAACAGCUAUGAUAACUUGGAGACCUCCACGUGCUCCUGUCACUGGUUAUCUCCUGAUCUAUGAGUCCAUCGAUGGCAGAGUCAAGGAAGUCAUCCUAAACCCUGAGACAACUUCCUACAGCCUGGCAGAGCUGAACCCAUCUACCCAGUACACGGUGAAACUCCAGGCGCUGAACGGAUCCCUGAAGAGUAAAACGAUCCAGACUAUUUUCACCACAACUGGUCUUCUCUACCCUUACCCUAAAGACUGCUCCCAGGCUCUCCUGAAUGGAGAAACCACCUCUGGGCUCUACACAAUUUACCUGAAUGGGGACAAGGCUCAGCCUCUGCAAGUCUUCUGCGACAUGGGAGAGGAUGGAGGCGGAUGGAUUGUGUUCCUGAGGCGUCAAAAUGGAAAAGAAGAUUUCUAUAAGAACUGGAAGACGUAUGUAGCUGGUUUUGGAGAUCCUAAGGAUGAAUUCUGGAUAGGUCUGGAGAACCUCCACAAAAUCACAUCUCAGGGCCAGUACGAGCUGCGCGUGGAUCUGAGGGACAAAGGUGAGACAGCUUAUGCUGUCUACGACAGGUUCAGCGUUGGAGAUGUGAAGAGCAGAUACCGGUUAAGAGUGGAUGGGUACAGUGGCACAGCAGGUGACUCCAUGAUGUACCAUAAUGGAAGGUCCUUCUCCACCUUUGACAAGGACAACGAUUCUGCCAUCACCAACUGUGCUUUGUCAUACAAGGGUGCAUUCUGGUACAAGAAUUGUCACCGAGUCAAUCUGAUGGGCAGAUAUGGUGACAACAGUCACAGUCAGGGUGUUAACUGGUUCCACUGGAAGGGCCACGAAUAUUCCAUCCAGUUUGCAGAGAUGAAGCUGAGACCCUCCAGCUUCCGAAAUCUGGAAGGAAGACGAAAGCGAGCGUAAAGCCCCAG